AUGCUUGAUCUUCGAGCAUCUCUCAAAGUCCCUAUAUGAACCUCCAAUAAUUAUUGUAGCUGAGCAGGGGUCUACUGUAACAGCAGUAAUGAAGUCUAUGCAAUUUGUUUAACAAGUCUCCCAUUUACAGGCGAUCUUGUUGAAGGAAUAUUUAGCAGGCUUCCAAAACUUUUGAUUUUGGCUAUCGUGAUUGAUGAUAAUUCCCAAACUCAAGCUUUAACUUUUUCCAGCGAUCUUUGCACAUUGAAUUCUUUGAAUCAGCUGGAGCUUCAGAAAUUAAAUAUAAAUACAGCGUUUCCUUCACAAAUUCUCAUCUGCGAAUUUGCCUGAUUUCUCUAA